AUUGUGACAAAAUUCAGUGAGACACAAUGGCAGAGAGAGAAGAGGAGAGAGAGAAAGGGAAAGGAAGCGAGAGAUGGAGCGCAGCGAUCGCCAAUCUGUCGGAUAUGGCUGCCUCUGUCGACUCACUUCAGAAGCUACUCGUCAAAAAAGCUGUAUUUGUUGACGAAGAAACCUUUGCCAAAGCUUCUCUCAGCUCCGAACAAGCCCGAACUAUCAAGGUUCUUGAACAAAGAGUGGAGAAUUUAGAACGAGAACUUGAUGCCGCCAUUUCAGCUGCUGCUCAUGCACGUACGGAAAAACGACAGGCUGAGGCAGCACAGAAGGCUGCUGAAUUGCGUGCACAAGAGAUUACUAAAGAGCUUGAAAACACCACAAGAGUAUUUGAAUUGCACAUGGAAGAGUUGCGUGCACAGCAAGACGAGAUCUCUAGGCGAGAUAAGGAAAUUAAACUCCUGGAAGCUAUAAUUCAGACGCUUGGUGGGAAAGAUUCGCUUUCUGGAAGUGGGUAAGACCUGUCUUGUGAGUGUAAUUUGCAUGAAAAAAAAAUCCUUGUAAAAUUUGACUGUAGAGGACAAUUUGAUAUGCAUUUGAAAAAUGGUUCCUCCAAGAGUUUCACUCUUGUAUUAAUUGAAAAGCCAUUUGGAUUUGUUGUUUAGGAGGUAAAACAAUGCAGAACCAGUAUAAAUUUUUGUUUCUGAGGUAAAGAUUGUUCUGCGGAAUUGCGUAAUCAUACUGUUUUCAACACUUUAUCAAUGGCCAUUGGCCUCAAUUCAUCACCUUUUUGUUAAAAGAGCCAUGCUCCUCUCACCAAGUUUUCCUUACCAAAUGAAGUAGUACCUUCACAACCAUCAAAUAAUCGGGUCCUAUAUAUAUACAUUGAUGGUGAUGUUCUACAUCAUUUGGUACAUGAAUUUGGU